GAACCAUUAGGUACCAACUUGGCCACAAAAUCUUCCUAAAUUUUGUUCAACAAUUCCAACAGCAACAAUCAUAAUUUGGGGGCGAUUUUAGAGCAGUGAUAAAUUAGUCCACGAUUAUUCACUGAUCUAAAUAGAGGUCAGUGCGAUUAUUACUUAAAUAAUGUUUGAAGAAUUAGAACAGUCAGAAUUGGGCACACAAGAGUAUUGGAAGAAGGUUUACGAAACGGAGGUGAAGAAUUUUCGUAACCACGGCGAUAUAGGGGAAGUAUGGUUUGGAGAAGACAUAGCCGAUCGCAUUGUUAAAUGGAACGAAGAUAACAUUCAAAAGUCGAACCGUAUUCUUGACGUAGGUUGCGGAAACGGUAUGCUACUUGUGCAACUUUCGCGAGCAGGCUACACGAAUUUGAACGGUAUCGAUUAUUCGGGAGAUGCGAUCACUUUGGCAAAGGAGGUAUCGUCACACUACCAAGCCGAUAUUAAUUAUUCUGUUGGUGACAUUCUACGUGAUGGUAUUUGUAAUAGUUACGAUGUAAUUCUUGAUAAAGGCACCUACGACGCGAUAAGUUUAAGUAAGGAUGCCCAAAAGGAACGAUCUCUUUACAUUACAAAUAUACAUAAACAUUUAACAGAUAACGGUGUAUUGGUAAUAACAUCCUGCAAUUGGACUAAGGAAGAAUUAACGUUACAGUUUGACACUCAUUUCUAUUUACACGAUGUAAUUCCAACUCCACAGUUCAAAUUUGGAGGAAGUAUAGGCAGUGUUGUUAGUUGCAUUAUUUUUAAAAAGAAAUAAACAAGUUAUCAAAUUAA